CCGAUCACGCCAAUCUCGCUCGCUAGCCUGCUUCCUUCCGACUCUCACGAAGCGCUUCCCAGAACCUCUUCGUCUCGCUCCCUCCCUCGAUCGCUCUCCGUUUGGAGUAAUCUCGAAGGCUGUCGUAUCCCGGAUUCGAAUCCCCUGCUUCCGCUCACCCCCUAGGAUCGAAGCAACAUCCCCUUCGUUUGCUCUUGAACGCCGGUUGAUCGGGCACGACGGAGGGUUUCUAGGGUUUCGACCGUGUGGUUCGUGUCGAGCUCUGGAGGGUUUUGUUGGUGAUUUAAGGUCUGGUCUAGGAGGACGAGAGGCGGAGGAGGGAGGGGGUGAUGAGGUUGAACGGGGAAAUCUCGUACCUACGAAAUGAGGAGGAGAAUGAGAACGAUAGCGUCGCCCUGAUAUCGCUUCCGCCGCCGCCGCCGCCGACGCUGGAGAAGCUCGUCGUGGGGUAUGCUCUGACCUCCAAGAAGGUCAAGAGCUUCUUGCAGCCGAAGCUGGAAGGGUUGGCCAAGAAGAAAGGAAUUGUAUUUGUUGCCAUUGACCAGAGCCAACCACUUGUAGACCAAGGUCCUUUUGACAUUGUUCUUCACAAGUUGACUGGAAAAGAGUGGCAACAAAUUCUGCAGGAUUAUUGGGAAAAACAUCCAGAAGUUACUGUCCUUGAUCCACCUGCUGCCAUACAACAUCUGUACAAUCGCCAAUCAAUGCUCCAGGAUGUAGCUAAUUUGAAUUUGUCUGACUGCUAUGGUAAAGUUGGCACUCCUAGGCAGCUAGUUAUCACCAAAGACCCAUCAUCAAUUCCAGAUGCAGUUAGCAAGGCUAGGUUAACUCUUCCAUUAGUUGCGAAACCCUUAGUGGUUGAUGGAAGUGCAAAGUCACAUGAAUUAUCACUUGCCUAUGAUGAGUUCUCCUUAUCAAAGCUUGAUCCUCCCUUGGUUCUCCAAGAGUUUGUUAAUCAUGGCGGUGUUCUCUUUAAGGUCUAUAUUGUUGGAGAGGCAAUAAAGGUUGUUCGUCGAUUUUCCCUUCCUGAUGUUAGUAAGCGCGAACUCUUGAACAAUACUGGUGUCUUUCGGUUCCCCAGGGUUUCUUGUGCUGCAGCAUCUGCAGAUGAUGCAGACCUGGACCCUAGUAUUGCUGAACUUCCUCCAAGGCCAUUGCUUGAGAAGCUCGCUAGGGAGCUCCGUCUUCGAUUGGGUCUUCGAUUAUUCAACAUAGAUAUAAUCAGAGAGCACGGAACAAGGGACCGGUUUUAUGUCAUUGAUAUCAAUUAUUUUCCUGGCAAGUGGAGCCUAUUAUUUAUUCAAUAUUCUCAUCCUUUUAAGCUCAUGAAGUGCAGUUUAUAUCUCCUUUCCCAUUCUUUUCUUUCCAUCAUGUGUCAGGUUUGCUUUAUUUUUUUGUCAAGAUUUUUCUUGUCAAACUUGUAGAGAGAUGCCAAGUAAUUGAAACAUCAUUUAACAUGAAGAAAUGAGUUUGGUUAUAAGAACAUUCAUAUAGAAAAGGCUCUUUGCUGUAGUUAUCCAAACACACUGUAAGACAAUUGGUUGGAAAACUUGAUAUCUUAGUGGAAGCAACGUACCUUGGUCAAUCCUGGGGUUUUGGCAGAAUGGUAGGGAAUGAUCGGAAAGAGUAGAGGAGACCAAGGAUAGAUGGUGUACUUAUGGGAGGACAUUUCUAUGCGUUGAUGAAUCAGAACAAUAGGCAACAUAUCCAUUGUACCAAAAAUAAAGAGCAAGAACAUCAGGUGCUUGUUAGGUGUGCAAGUUCCUUAACCGCAGGGUGUAUGCAUCUGUUUCUUUGGUUGUUUGGUUCCUGUUUAGAUUUAACUUUGAAGUACUAAUUGAACAGGACAAGAAGGGCAUUUCAGGAACAAUCUAGUGGGAGGAAAUUACAAUAGACAAUUUUCAAAGUAUAACAUGACAUUUUGAUACAAGUUGUGAUAGCCACAAAUGACGCACAAUGGAAGUGGAUGAAUAAGUAUUAAUUUAAUGUAUGUAGGAAAGAUGGGUGUACCACCAUUAAUUUGGAUAUAUCGAGUAAUAUAUUAAUUGAGAAGUCUCACAUUGGAAGUUCCUGGGAUCAAAUCUAUUUGACUGUUGAUAGGACUUCGUUAUUUAUCUAUUGUAAAAAAAAAAAAAGGAAAACCAAAAGUCCUUAAUUUUUUAGGGAAAUAAUAUCAUAAUUUUGAAGUUUACAUAUUUGUCAGAAUUAUGAACUAUAAGGAGUAUUUAGCAGGAGGAUUCUUAUGAGCUGGUAUAUAAUUGACUUUACUUCCUGACAUUAUUUGAAUGAACAAACAAAACAUCUUCUUAAGUA